CCGUCGGGGCCGGGCUUCCGGGCGAUCAGGUGACGGCGGCCGCUGGCAGCAGAGCGGCUCCGCGGCUCGGGGCUGCCGCGGGGGAGCAGCGAGGCCCGUGGAUUCCAAGAGGAAAAUAUUUCUGACCUUGGGUCUGAGUGGUUCUUUAGGAUGGCAAGCAAAGGAUCCACGACUUCUACAUCCACAAAGAGCUCUAGUACUGGAGGGACCAGUGGCAGCAGCAGCAGCAACGGUGCUGGGGAGAGUGCUAACCAGGACAACACUUUUGAAUGUAACAUCUGUUUAGACACUGCCAAGGAUGCAGUUAUCAGCCUGUGUGGACAUCUCUUCUGCUGGCCUUGUUUACACCAGUGGCUAGAGACCAGGCCAAACAGACAAGUGUGCCCUGUGUGCAAAGCAGGAAUCAGCCGAGAUAAAGUCAUUCCUCUAUAUGGAAGGGGGAGCACUGGGCAGCAGGACCCCAGAGAGAAAACUCCUCCACGACCCCAAGGACAGAGACCUGAGCCAGAGAACAGAGGGGGGUUCCAGGGCUUUGGGUUCGGUGAUGGUGGGUUCCAGAUGUCGUUCGGCAUCGGGGCCUUUCCCUUUGGCAUAUUUGCGACGGCGUUCAACAUCAACGAUGGGCGGCCGCCUCCAGCUGUUCCAGGGACUCCUCAAUAUGUGGAUGAGCAGUUCCUCUCCCGCCUCUUCCUGUUUGUGGCCCUGGUGAUAAUGUUCUGGCUGUUGAUUGCAUAAGUCUUUCCCAGUUUUCCAUAUAUCCAUGGCCAAUGAGGCCCCCAAAACAGUUACAAACUGCAUCUCCAUCCCAUUUUAAACUUCUUGGUGUCUGGUUCUGUAGCUAACUGUGGGCUUCAGGAAUUGGUGGUACCACAGCACGAUGAGGAAUCUCACAUUCUGCACCAGAGCUGGAAAUUAAACAUUGGUUAAAGGGCGUGUUGCAGCUCAGCUGUCUUGUGCAACAGGUCGCUGCCACAAACUGUGGGCUGAGCUUUGAGCCCCACUCCUAAGAGGAGUGCUGCUGUGAAAUCCCGGGCCAAUCAGUGGCACCAGGCUUAUGUGAAAGACAGCUGCCCCAAGGUAAACUGGGCAGGUAAGGAAACUCCUGCAGUGGAAUCCCUGUCUCGUGCUUGGCAGCCACGAUGGAUCUGCCAGAGUUGAGGAUGUUGUUUAGAGUCCUCACGUCAGCAGCCAGCCUGCUGCACAAAAUGCUCUGCAGCACUGCUUAGACUCUGGGCACAGCACACGGUGCAAAUGGAGCCGGGUCUGCCGACUGGUUUCUUUCCUUGCGGCUGUUUCCCGGCGUGGUGGAAAGCCCCUCCUGAAGCGGCUCUAGUGGCCGUCAGAAGAAGGAAUACAAAUCUGUGCUGCAGUUUUGUAAAGCCUGAUGUUGCUGGAGCCAGACGCUGGGAGCCUCGCGGUGGAGCCAGGCAGGGCUGCUGAACAGCACAGCACAGCUGCCUGCCUCACGCUCAACAGUCAGUGUUGUCUUCCUUGGUUCCACGCAGCAGCCCGGGGCUGCGCUCCUGGAAAAUCCCCUCAACCUUGUCACUACAUCUAUUCUGCCCAAGGCUUUGAGACUCUACACACAGUGAUGUACUCCAAAUAAAAUCCUAUUACAGAUCUGAGAUCAGCUUGUUUGGGGAGAGAAACAAAAGGCAUCUUUAUCUGAGUGCUGAUGGUAAAAGUUGUCACACUGUAAAAUUACACAGGAGGAAAGCUGAGAUCCUGCAUUUGCUAGCACCUGCCAUGGCAGGGAGUUCUUGGAAGAGCUGCUCUCUACGGGUGUGUACAGCAGAAUGCUGCAGUGCAAAAGACUCUGCAGUGUCUCCCAAAGAUAAUACUUGAAGUGCUAAAGGAGCUCACAGCCAUUUUUGUACUGAGGGGAGAAUAUCUGAGAUUUGGAAUCCUGAUGGGGAUGCAGCUUUGAUGAGUCUUUGUGUAGAUUCCUUCAGAACAGCGCGUAGGAGAUUCCCUGCCAAGAUGAACAGUUUCUGUGUCUCUCUGAGCAGGCAAUUCCAUUUCUUUUAACAGUUUUUAGGUUAUUUUGAUUCAGAUUGCUGACAGUCAGUAUGAUUUCCUGCACGAUUGAUGUGACUUCCCUGGCAGUAGACCGGUGGCUGACAAGUCACAGAAACUUUGUUUCACUAGCUAGGGGUUUUCUGGUGUGUAAGGGUCCUGGGCAGGGCACUCUUAACUAAUUGUUGUAGAAGUUUAUUUAUGUAAACUGUUCACUUUUAGUAUCAAGACAGGAUGAGUGAACUUUAACUUGCCUAUCUCAAAAAUUCCAUCUGGCAAGUGAAGUGUUGGAAAAUUGCUGCAGUGUUUUGCCACAUCUGGUCAAAUUUAUACCUGACCCACCGAUACUCUGGCAGAAUAUAUUGCUCAGCUGUAAGUGGUGCUUCAGCUCCCGUGUUGUGUCACAUUUGAGAAGCUUAACUUUUUCUGUUUAUGGUUCAUCUCAAGUGUGUAACUUGUUCAGUGGGACUCUUUCCAGAGGAAAGGCUGCUUGUGGCAUUUGGAGCAGCUGGCUGCAGCAGCGUGCCGCAGCUCUGGCUUCCCUGCGUGAGCAGGCAGCACCGCCUGCCGCUGGCACUGGGAGGUCCCGGUUUGGAGAGCUCGCCAAGAGCGGGGCCAGUCCGGGGCGCAGCAGUGUCCCUUUAAAGCCUUUUUCCGAUAAAGAGGACAGAAGAGCGACUGUAAGAGUUUCAAGAGGUAACUAAAGUGAAUUCUCUAACACUUAUAUAUUAAAAUACAGAAUUGUAACGGCCUUGGUUUUUUUCCCAGCUACUGGACUGAGGUGGAGGUGGCUGCAGAAACACGACCCAGAGUUCUUAUUUUCUGGCAAUCCAAGAAUGAAGUAGUCUGAAAGUG